UUUGAUUCAAUCAAUCUUUUGAUCAACACACUAAAAUUUUUAAUCGAAUUCUGAAAAGCCGACAGACUUAAGAGUAUGUGGGCAGCUCAUGUUUUUCUUUAAUCAUUAAGCAGUCCGCAAACGCACACUCAAAUAAGCCGCAGACACCUCUGAAAACUCUGUUGAUUUCUUGGUCUUGGGCUCAACUGCUUUAUACAUUAAAACAAGAAAUACCCAGAUUGUCUUCACUCUACGUGUCCAGUCUAUUUCAUCUUUGCCUUUUGAAGUAGUUUCUGAUACAUGUAUAGAUGUAGUAUCAAGUUUGAAUAUUUUGGAUUUUCUGAUUCCCGUUUCUACUUACUACAUUCAUACAGUUAAAAAUUUCCAAAAGUUGAGUGUGAAAAGGAUUGUGUUUGAAUGGAGAGCAAUUCAAGCAACAGCAGCAAAUUCACGAGAAUCUGUGUAUUCUGUGGAAGUCAUCCGGGUCACAGAAAAGUCUUCAGCGAUGCUGCUAUUGACUUGGGGAAUGAACUGGUGAAAAGAAAGACCAACUUGGUGUAUGGGGGAGGUAGUGUUGGGCUAAUGGGGUUAAUUUCCCAGAGAGUGUAUGAUGGCGGUUGCCAUGUUCUUGGAAUAAUUCCAAAAGCUCUAGUGCCCAUUGAGAUAUCAGGAGAAACUAUUGGAGAAGUGAAGAUUGUUGCAGACAUGCAUGAGCGUAAAGCUGAAAUGGCUCGGGAGGCUGAAGCAUUUAUUGCUCUUCCUGGAGGAUAUGGAACCAUGGAAGAGUUGCUAGAGAUGAUAACAUGGGCACAGCUGGGAAUCCAUAAGAAACCAGUUGGUUUGCUCAACGUCGACGGGUACUAUGACUCUUUGCUCACGUUAUUUGACAAAGGCGUCGAAGAAGGUUUCAUCAAGCCAGCUGCUCGGCACAUAGUUCUUUCAGCUCCUACUGCCACGGAGCUUCUAGCAAACAUGGAGGAAUACAGUCCUUACCAAGAACAUGUUGCCCCCCAUGAAAGCUGGCAGAUGGAGCAACUGAGGAAUUACCCAAUGGAAAGAAAUACAUGAUGGAAUUUGUGGUAGGCCUAUUUACUGGAUAGAUCACUCGAUGCAAUUAGUUCUGUGUUCAUCUUGGGCCACCAUAAUGAUGCAUUACUAUGUCCGGUUUGAUUCUUUGUGAUUCCUGUUUUUGCAUGACAAUUAUAGUCAUAUUGUCAGCUCAUACUUUUGAUGCAAUGAUGAAUAUUAAGAGCUCUCACAGAACUUUAUAUUUGACAACAGAAAAGUUCAGGACCAUAUGUUUCUGGUCCUAUCAAAA